CUUUAGGGCUGGAUUUAUUUGCAAACCACAGGAAGAAGAAAAUACAACAGAGAGAGGGGUUUGGUGCAGCGCCGCGAUCACGGAUUUCAGAUGUGUUCUAAGCCUGCUGGGGUGAGCACGCUUCCGGGCAGCGAUGGAGAUGAGAGCUCAACACGGCAGCGGGUCGCAGGCCUUGCUACAGGCUCGGCGUGACAGUGGGAGGCCGCAUGGAGAGCCCAACCUGCGGGAUGUCCUGACACAGCAAGUUCACAUCCUGUCCCUGGACCAGAUCAGAGCCAUCCGCAACACGAAUGAGUACACAGAGGGACCAACAGUGGCUCCGCGGCCAGGGGUCAAGUCUGCUCCUCGUCCAGUGAGCCAGCCUAAAAAUGAGAGGCCCCAUGGUCUGCCUGAGCAUCGUCAUUUUAGCCGGGUUCAGCACACGCAAACGCACGCUUCUCCUCGGGCACCUCUGUCCCGCUCCAUCAGCACAGUCAGCACAGGCUCGCGGAGCAGUACAAGGACAAGUACAAGCAGUAAUUCCUCUGAACACAGACUUCUAGGAUCAUCUUCAGGGCCAGUUGCUGACGGGAUAGUCCGCAUGCAGCCCAAGUCUGAGCUCAAGUCAAGUGAGCUGAAGCCGCUGAGCAAAGAAGACUUGGGAGCACACAGCUACAGGUGCGAGGACUGUGGGAAGUGCAAGUGCAAGGAGUGCACAUAUCCAAGGACCCUCCCAUCGUGUUGGAUCUGUGACAAACAGUGUCUUUGCUCAGCCCAGAACGUGGUUGAUUACGGGACUUGCGUGUGCUGCGUGAAGGGCCUCUUCUAUCACUGCUCCAAUGAUGAUGAGGACAACUGUGCUGACAACCCCUGCUCUUGCAGUCAGUCACACUGCUGCACUAGGUGGUCAGCCAUGGGUGUGGUGUCCCUCUUCCUGCCUUGCUUGUGGUGUUACCUGCCAGCCAAGGGUUGCCUUAAGUUGUGUCAGGGCUGUUACGACCGGGUCAAUCGGCCUGGGUGCCGCUGUAAACACUCCAACACGGUUUGCUGCAAAGUUCCCAGUGUCCCCCCCAGGAAUUUUGAAAAGCCAACAUAGCAUCACUUAUCAGAAAUAAUCGAGUAAUAAGGAUUCUCUUAACAUAUAUGCAACCAACUAAGCAGCUAUGGUCUUGGCACUGUAGUAGAAGGGUUGGGGGUACACUUAGCUGUUUGCAGUGACACACUUUUCUCUGUGUGCCAUCUUAAUUGAUAGGUUUGUUAGAAUCCAACUAGUGGGAUGCAGAAUAAAAAAGGCAAUGCAGUACAUCGUGACCCACAUAUUGCAUAAGCUAAAGCAACACAGACACUCCUAGGCAACUCCGUGGUUUGUGAAUAGUACUUGCAAAAUUUGUAAAUUAGCAAAUGACUCUCUUUUUUCAUUGUUUUCUGCCAGAGAUAAUGUGCUAUAUUUUUGUAUAUACAAUAAUAUUUUCAACUGUGAAAAAUAAGUGGUGUCAUAAAACAUGGCACAGUCACAAAAUAUUAUACUAAUAUGUUGUACAUUCGGAAGAAUGUGAAUCAAUCAGUAUGUUUUUAGAUUGUAUUUUGUCUUACAGAAACCUUCUAUUACAAGACUCUGAUUUCCCUUUGGACUUCAUGUAUAUUGUACAGUUACAGUAAAAUUCAGCCUUUAUUUUCUAAUUUUUUCAACAUAUUGUUUAGUGUAAAGAAUAUUUAUUUGAAGUUUUAUUAUUUUAUAAAAAGAAAUAUUUAUUUUAAGAGGCAUCUUACAAGUGUCACCCCUUUUUAUGAGGACAUCAUAGUUGCUGCAAAUAAGGGGUGAACGAUGCAUAUGUUCACUAUAAAAUAG